AUGACCUCAGAGAUGGCGACUGCGACCGUGACUGUCGAAGAGACGGUCGCAAGGUCACCCAGGACUCACGUCGACAGUGCCCCACUACCAACAGACUCAAUGGUCACCGUGCCACUGUCAGAGGCAGGCACGACCCCAGACGACGAAGAUGUAAGAGAAUCGGUGUCGCAACCACAGAUUAUAGUAGAGGAGAGGCCAGAGUCGUCACGACCCUUUUCAAGCGAGAUACUCAAGGCCUUUGGACGCCGCGACAGCCAGGCGAGCGUCGAGACACGCACAGUAGGCAGCCCGACUGUGUCAGUACAUGACGCCGACGCCGACGCCGACGACGCGCGAAAGUCACGGGCGCGGUUACGGCGAGAAAGCGAUGACUCGGGCAAGAGUGAGCCCGUUGACUGGGCCGAGUUGGAGAAGAAGGAAGAACAGGAGCCCGAGGGCGAGGGCCAGGACAAGGCCAUGGCACUCCUUCUCGCACGACUCGAGCAAGAGAACAACGCCCUCAUGUCCGACUCAAAAGCCGGCAUCAAAGCCUCCCGCGCCCGUAGCCAGUCUCGACCGCCCUCGUUUGGUCAGCUGAAGCGUCUCGUACAGGAAGACGAAGCCUCGCAGGUCAGAUUCUCGCAACUACCGUCACCUCCACCCAUGACCGAGCUCGAAUUCUGGGCCGCUCUUGUCCGCGACUAUCCACAAACAGUCCAGCGACUGCCGACCCUGAGUCUUAACAAGAUCCGCGGAGGCAUCCCAGCGCCACUGCGUGGUGUUGUCUGGCAGAGCGCAUCAGGCUCGCGAGAGAAGCUGAUCGAGGACCAAUACGACACACUAUGCGGCGAAUCAAGUCCGCACGAGAACAUCAUCAACAAGGACCUCGGGAGAAGUUUCCCGGGUGUUGAGAUGUUCAAAGACCCUGAAGGCGAAGGCCAGAAGAUGCUGGGUCGCGUCUUGAAGUGCUUCAGCUUGUAUGACCACAAGGUUGGGUACUGUCAGGGUCUGGGCUUCCUCGUUGGCCCGCUGUUGAUGCAGAUGGGCGACAAGGAGGCCUUUUGCGUGCUUGUCAGGCUCAUGGAAGACUACGAUCUAAGAUCUUGCUUCCUUCCAGACCUCUCUGGCCUCCAUCUGCGCAUCUACCAGUUCCAGCAACUCCUUGCGCAGCACAUGCCACAGCUCGCAAAACACCUUGACGAACUUGGCAUCGAAUCCGCAUACCUAUCGCAAUGGUUCCUGUCGUUCUUCGCCGUCACAUGCCCGCUUCCUAUGCUCUUCCGCAUCUACGACGUCCUCUUCGCCGAGGGCGCCUCUGAGACGAUUAUGAGGGUUGCACUGGCGCUGAUGAAGCGCAAUGAGCAAAAACUUCUCUCAUUAAGCGAGUUUGAAGAUGUCAUGCAGCUUCUCCUAGGCCGACAGCUGUGGGACCCGUACGGCCGUAACACCCAUUCCGCAGACGAGCUUGUGAAUGACUUUGUCGGUUUCACCAACGACGUCACCCGUGAGAGGCUGCAGGGGCUCGAGCAGCAAUAUAAGGAGUCACAAGAAAGAGACACAUCGAAACAGCAAGUCCAGAAGUCGGCGAUGUCGUUCCUUGGUCGUUUGUGGGGACCCUCCAAUUCAUCCACUAAAUCAGUGGCCCUCAGUCCGGGGUUGUCGGCGCCAUCGCGGCCUGUCAGCUUUCUGCGACGAUCUGCUUCUAAACAGAGCCUCGCCUCUACCCUCAACUCAACCGCUGACUCGGACUCCUCUGCUGCGACACAAAGCACAGCACUGACUGAUAUGUCUCGAGGAUCGACUGCCGACGCCUUCUCACUGAAGUCAGGUCACGGCUCCGUCGCCAUGGGUCAAAAUUCGAGGGUGCGCGAUCUGGACUACCAGAUCGAACAGCUACUCAUGUCUGUGAGCCAGCUGCAACGCCAGAACAGCGAGCUCGAGGCUGCGUUGCAGAAGCAGCGCGAAGACCGCAAAGAAGAUACCCGCAUCGUGCGCACUGUAGUCGACAAGAUCCGGAAGAAGACGACCACACUCGCGCCACCCACAUCCCGCUCAUCGAGGCGCAGAACCACCAUCACAGCAGCAACUGUGAUACCACCACCAGAAGACUCCGCCAACUCGGGCCUACCCGAAGAAGCCAUCGAAAUUGUGGACACGCUGGAAACGCGUUUCCCAUUCGAGCCAACCCACCACCGUGCGUCGUCCAUGUUUGAGACCAAGGAAGUGCUCCGCGAGAACAUGGCCCGCAUUAAAGAACAACUCGCCUCAGAGACUGCCCGCGCACAAGCCCUCGCGCGCGAUCUCAACGACCGCGACACCGAACUGCAGUCCGCACGUGACGCGCUGAAAGACACGCGCCACCGCGCCCAAGGAUACUAUAACCAGGUCCAGCAGCAGGAAAAGACUAUCCAAGACCUGAAGCAAAACGCUCGGAAGAAUUCAGCAGUGGCAUCUUGGACAGGCGCGGAUUCUGGCCCAGACACGCCUCCCACGCUCUCCCGCUCCACCACUGCAGAUAGCAUAUCCGGCGGCCUUCGCGAACUCCGCCUCGGCCGCACACCCUCUCAAAAAUCCCAACACCCGCCCACCACCGUCUUCUCCAAGCGCUCCUCCUCCCUCGCAACCCAGCAAAUCCUCGCAACAGACAACAAUGCGCCUGCCGAUAACGAAGCUCUGUUGCUCGAGCUCGUCAACGCGAAAACCGCGGAGGCCGUGGCGAAGCAGGAACUCGAGGAGAUGAGGGCGCGGUUUGAGGGUAUGAAGAGGGUCAUGUCGGGUCAGGCGACGAGUCCGAUUCCUAGUCCAGGUGGGGUUGUGGGCGGGGAGAAGAAGAACGAGGGUGCGGCGCAGGCUGCUGGAGGGUGGAAUUGGGGCGGAUGGAAGAGGACGGUUAGCUCGAGUGGGGCAUAA